AGAGCAUGGAGGUCACAGUACCUACUACCCUCCAUGUCCUCAAUGGCUCUGAUGCCCGCCUGCCCUGCACCUUCAACUCCUGCUACACAGUGAACCACAAGCAGUUCUCCCUGAACUGGACUUACCAGGAGUGUAGUAACUGCUCCGAGGAGAUGUUCCUCCAGUUUCGCAUGAAGAUCAUUAACCUGAAGCUGGAGCGGUUCCGAGACCGCGUGGAGUUCUCGGGGAACCCCAGCAAGUAUGAUGUGUCAGUGACGCUGAGGAACGUGCAGCUGGAGGACGAGGGCAUCUACAACUGCUACAUCAUGAACCCGCCCGACCGCCACCGUGGCCACGGCAAGAUCUACCUGCAGGUCCUCAUGGAAGAGCCCCCCGAGCGGGACUCCACGGUGGCAGUGAUUGUGGGUGCAUCAGUGGGGGGCUUCCUGGCUGUGGUCAUCUUGGUGCUGAUGGUGGUCAAGUGCGUGAGGAGGAAAAAAGAGCAGAAGCUGAGCACGGACGACCUGAAGACGGAGGAGGAGGGCAAGACCGACGGCGAGGGCAACGCGGACGAUGGCGCCAAGUAGCGGCAGCCGCCCUGCAGCCUCCUGUGUCCUGUCUCCUUCCACUCUCCGCCCUGUACAGUGACCCUGCCUGCCCUCUCUUGGUGUGCUUCCCUUGGACCAAGACCCCCAGGGCCAGCCGGGGGCCUCCUGAACCUCACACUUCGUAUCCCCCACCCUGCACCAAGAGUGACCACCUCUCUUCCAUCUGAGAAACCUGCCAUGGCAUCUGGGACGUGUGGGCCCUGGGGAGA